AUGGUGCGCGCUGCAUCUGGCCCCAUCGGGAACUUUCUAAAAGCCCACCACAGAUCACCGUCGCAGGGAAGCUCGCCGUUAGCUCGACAUUACGACGUGCUUGGGCGUUGGUUCCAUGGCUCGCCGCACCCUCCGGUACCAUGUUCGUCGGCUGCGACGCCGUGGCUGGCAUCUGAUUCCACCACUUUGUCGACCACAUUCCGUCACCCAAUGCCUCUGCUAUGCAUUCCAUGCACUACCGAACCAAUGAAUGCCAUCCCGGCUUCUGUGCAGCCAUGCCAGACGCCACUGCGCCAGUUGCUGUUCGUCGUCCACAUUGGAUUCCAGAAGCACGAAAGGGCCCGAAUCUGGGCCCGAGCCUUUGGCCUUCCAUCACAUUCCGCCCUCAGCCAGGGCGUUUCAAAUGACUGA